AUGGAGGAUGAAGAGGAAGUUUUGGAUACUGGUACUGACGGGCCUCCCAUAGAACCCAUGGAGAUUGAUCAGUCGUACUCCGAUCCUGCACUCAAGGACUUUACUCCUAAACUCAAGGCUUACUUGCGACGUCAACUUCUCGCCCUUGACGAUGAUGUUCAGCUCACUAAGGAGGAUUUGCUCAAUGUGAUUGUCGAGAAAGAUUUGCUUUACACUCAUGCAACCAUGAAGGUCAACUACACAACGUACGAUGAUUCAAUCGAUCCUCACUGUUACUGGUAUGGCGAAAUUUUGGGCAUAUUCCAUGUCUAUGCGUUACUGGCAGACCACCCUAGUAAAGCAAAGCGCAUGGAAUUCCUUUGGGUUCGAUGGUUCCGACGCGAUAUGACCUACACCUGCGGACUCAAAGCAAAACGCUUCCCGCGCCUUGGCUACAUGCCGCAUGAGGAUCCCGAUGCUUUCGGUUUUCUCGAUCCUCAAGAUAUUGUGCGGGGCAGUCAUUUGAUACCUGCUUUUCGCCACGGACGAACAACGGAGUAUCUUCCCAAGUCUGUGGCUCGACCCGAAUCUAGCAGAAACGAAGACUGGCGAUUCUAUUAUGUCAAUAUGGUGGUCGAUCGCGACAUGCUUAUGCGGUACCAUGACAAUGUCAUUGGCCAUCACAAGAUUACGCCUCUCCAACUGUCGGACGACAGUCUUUCCACAAUCGACAACAACCUUGCGGUCUCAUCUGAUCAGACACUGUUGAGCGAAGCAGUGGAUGACCCGUCCUCAAUAGAGGAUACUACUAUGCCCUUGAUGCAGGUUGACGGGGAUAACAGCGAUUCAGAGGAGGAGGAUGCUGAUUGGCGUGGAGACGCGAUAUUUGAACAGGACAACGAAGAGGCUGAUCAUGAAGAUGAACCGUUGUAUGGAGGUGAUGCGGCAGUUAUCAAUCACCUUGGUCUAGCCGAAUAG